AUGGAUGAUCCUAAUAGAGGAAAGGUCAAACAGCAAGGAGAAGAAAUCAGAUACAGAGGCGUUAGGAGGAGGCCGUGGGGAAAGUUUGCAGCGGAGAUACGUGACUCGACAAGGCAUGGAGCAAGGUUAUGGCUCGGGACUUUUAACACAGCAGAAGAGGCUGCAAGGGCUUAUGAUAGAGCGGCAUAUUCAAUGAGGGGUCCCUUAGCAAUCCUCAACUUCCCCGGUGAAUAUCCUGAAACUAAGGUUGAUUCUGAUAUCACUUUCUCAUCAUCAUCUUCUUCCUCUUCUUCAAUGUCACAGAAUGCCGAAAGAAGUGGGACUGAACGAAGCAAAGAAGUCUUUGAGAUUGAGUACUUGGAUGACAAGUUACUUGAGGAUCUUCUUGAUUUUGAGAAAGCAAAUACCAAGAAAUCAGAGUGA